CUCCUGCAAGUAAAAUUUUUCAGAAGAGAAAUUUUGAUUGCUUUUCUUCCCACUGAAGUGGACGAGUUUCUUCCGUUGUUGUUCAGUAAUUGUGUAAAGUUAAUUUUCAGAAUGAAUGACGUAUUGAGAAAUAUUCCAAAUACCUCGUCACCAGUAGCGAACAAUGUUGCAGUAGGAAUUGCCGGAACAGACAACAUACUUUCCUAUUCGCAGUUACGUGACUCAGUUGCAAGGGUUUGUGAAGAGAUCACGAAAGUAACUCAAAAGGGCGAUGUAAUUAGUUUGAUAUUACCCAACUCUGUGGAGUUUGUUGUUUCCUUUUUGGCUGUUACGUGGGCCGGUGCUAUUGCAGCACCCUUGAAUGAAGCUUACAGAAAAGAUGAGUUUUUGUUUUAUCUUCAAGACGCUGGAGCAAAGGCAAUAAUAGUCAUACAAGAUCAAGCGUCAAAGGAAGCCCUUGAUGCUGCGGAAUCUUUGAAGUUACCCAUUUGGUCUUUGUCGAAAUUUAUUGCCAAUUCGAGAGACAUCUCUAUCCAGAUACCAAGUUCCCAAUGGAAUGGAGCACAAAGUACUACUGGAAGUAGUAGGGCUUUGCCAGAUGAUGUUGCAUUGUUUCUUCAUACAUCAGGGACCACUUCAAAACCCAAAGGAGUUCCCUUAACUCAUAAGAAUUUAAUGACUUCCAUUCGAAACAUUAGUAAAACUUACGAACUUUCUGACUCCGACGUGACUUUAUUGGUUAUGCCUUUGUUUCAUGUCCAUGGCUUAAUGGCGGCAUUAUUAUCAACACUUGCUACCGGAGGACAAGUUUGGAUACCUGGAGAAGGAAGGUUCUCUGCUUCGAAUUUUUGGAAGCAUUGUGUACAACACAAAGUGACCUGGUACACUGCAGUGCCUACUAUUCACCAAAUUUUAGUUUCUCGAGCAGAACAAGACUAUCCCAAGUCCAAUCCGCCACCUUUACGCUUUAUCCGAAGUUGUAGUUCUUCAUUAGCACCUAAUAUUUUGGAUAAGAUGGAGAAGCUGUUUAAUGCACCCGUAUUGGAGGCAUAUGCAAUGACCGAAGCCUCACAUCAGAUGACUUCCAAUCCUCUUCCCAAGAAUGGAAAAAGGAAACCAGGAUCUGUGGGUAAAGGUCAGAACGUAGAGGUUGCUAUACUAUCGGACAAUUGUGAAAUUCUUGGACCCAAUAAGGUUGGUGAGGUUUGUAUUCGUGGAGAGAAUGUCACCAAAGGUUAUUUGAAUAACCCAAAAGCAAAUGAAGAGGCUUUCGCUGGUGGUUGGUUUCACACUGGUGAUCAAGGAUAUCUGGAUGAGGACGGUUAUCUUACUUUGACUGGGAGAAUAAAGGAGCUUAUUAACCGUGGUGGGGAGAAGAUAUCACCUUUGGAGGUGGAUGCAGCUCUCUUAUCGCAUCCGAAUGUUUCGGAAGCAGUUUCUUUUGGUGUCUCAGAUGAAAAAUACGGUGAAGAAGUGGAAGCUGCAGUUAUCUUGAAGGAUAAGUCUCGUGGAACAACUGAGAAGGAUAUUACGGAGGAUUGCAAGAGUCGUAUUGCAUCCUUUAAAGUUCCAAAGAAGAUUUACAUUGUGGAUGAUUUUCCUCGAACAGGUUCCGGUAAGAUUCAAAGACGAAUUGUAGCGCAAAAUAUAUUGGAACAAUUUGGUUCACAGAAUGAUGCUUUAAGAACAUCAUCAAAAAAUACCAAUCAAGGGAACGAGACAAAAUCCGAGCCUUCCACAACUGUCGACGGUUAUCAGUUGGUGGCAAAGAUACUAAAGUGCUUAGGAAUAAAUGCUGCAUUUGGAGUCUUGGGUAUUCCAGUGACAAAGUUGGGAAUAUGCUGUCAACAGGAGCAAAUUCGUUUUAUUUCUACUCGCCAUGAACUUCCCGCUAGUUACGCUGCAGGAGCUUUUGGAUACCUUCAGCGAAAACCUGGUGUUUGUGUGACAGUUUCUGGUCCCGGUUGUUUACAUGCAUUGGCAGGCUUGGCUAGUGCCACAGUAAAUUGCUUUCCAAUGAUUUUAAUUAGUGGAGCUGCAGAAAAUUCGCAAGUUGAUCGCGGUGCUUUUCAAGAAUGUGAUCAACUUCGCGCUGCACUUCCUCAUGCCAAGCAAGUAUUUCGGGUAGAAGAUAUUGGAGAAACUGCAAGAUAUCUUUGUCGAGCAUAUCACGUAGCUUUAAGUGGUCGUCCUGGUGGUGUUUACAUUGAAUUCCCUUCCAACGUACUUCAUCAAAGAUUGCAAGCAAACAAUGUGGAAGACUUGUUGUCAUUUAGUAAUGAUUUUAUUUCUUCUCCACGGAAUUUGCCAACACCAACGCCUGAUGUUAUCGAUCGAACUGUUCAGUUGUUAAAAAAGGCAGAAAGACCUCUUAUUGUGAUUGGAAAAGGGGCCAAUUAUGCCUGUGCAGAACAGGAACUUUCUCAGUUCAUCAACAAUUUGAACAUUCCAUUUCUAGCCACUCCUAUGGGAAAAGGUUGCGUUCCUGACUCACAUCCUCUCAGUGCUUCCGCUGCUCGUUCUUUGGUUUUGAAAGAAGCAGACGUUGUAUUUUUAGUUGGAGCGCGUCUUAAUUGGAUAUUGCAUUAUGGAAAGCCACCUCGUUGGUCAGAUAAUUGCAAGUUUAUUCAAUUGGAUAUAUGCGAAGAAGAAUUCCAUCGCAAUGCUAAUAUCACCAUGCCCAUAUUUGGCGAUAUUCAAGAAAGUCUGAAGCUUAUAAACGAGGCAGUUACGAGGGAACCUUUCCAAGUACCCAAAAGCUGGCUCAAUAAAGUUCGACAGAAAUGUGAAGAAAAUGCCAGAAAAUUGGAACUUCGUCUACAAGAAUGGAGAACACCAUUAGAUUUCCAUUGUGCACUCAAUGCAAUGCGAGUGGUGAUUAUGUCUUUACCCAACCCAAAACCGAUACUUGUAAGCGAAGGUGCGAAUACUAUGGAUUUUGGAAGGCUCAUUCUUCCAGUAGAAGAACCUCGUUCCAGACUGGAUGCAGGAACAUGGGGCACGAUGGGUGUUGGAAUGGGCUAUGCCAUUGCAAGCUCAGUUAGCUAUCCAGGUCGAUCUGUUAUUGCUCUCGAGGGAGACUCUGCCUUUGGUUUUAGUGGCAUGGAAAUAGAGACCAUCAUUAGAUAUAAUCUUCCUAUAGUUACAGUUGUUUUUAAUAACAAUGGAAUCUAUGGCGGUACUGAAAAAAGUGCAGAUCCCUAUGAUCCUGCCCCGACUAGUUUUGUUCCAAAUGCUCACUAUGAAAAGAUUGCAGAGGCUUUUGGAGGAUUGGCUUACUGGAUUGAGACUGCAGAACAGCUUGGCAAGGCGUUACGAGAGUCUUUGGAAGCGAAGAAACCGGCACUUUUGAAUGUGGUUAUCGACCCAUCAGCUGGUACAGAAAGUGGUAGUCUUACAUCCCACAACUAACGUAGUGUUUGUAUUCGAACAUGUGAUACUUGUAGAACCUAUCCAUUCACAUUAAAUGCCUAGAACUCUAUGGAUAUAUCUCACAAUAAAUCAUUAGUUUUGUGUUUGCAGACUUC